AGCGAAUCACAUGAGCAGGGAUCUGUUUACAAACUGUAGACAAGAAGUGGGGAAGGGAGACGAGGAAGGAGAGAGAAGGGGAGUGAAUGUGAGAAGAAGAGAACACACAGAGAGAGGAGACGAUCUGAAUUCACAUUAGCAGCAUUGUCUUCCUGUGUCAUAUACCUCCCAGUGUUCUUUGUUCAGAGCGUGGAGGCAGGGGACGAGAUGAGACGCUGCUUUCCACAGGGACACUGAGGCCGUCCGCCUGGUUGGCUGGCCGUGCUGCCGGGGAAACCCAUCCAUGUCCUUUCCUUUUGUCUCUCCAUAAUUGGCCGCGGCAGGUUUUCACAGCCGGAGAAGAGGGGAAAGCGACGUGGAGAUCUAAAAAGGAGAGGACAGAGGAGAGAGACAGGAAAGGAAAGGAGGGGAGAAAAGAAGGGAGGGAGAUCCUUGUGACAAUGUUUUGAAGGGGAGGCAAAACAAGAAAAGCAGGGACUGCGCUCGGCUAAAGGGUGUCUGUGUGACCUUGGAUUGCAGAACUCCGACCGCUACUGCAAGAUGACAUCUGAGGAGCUCUUCCACCUGCCGCUCAACGUCUACAUCAUUAUCCUGGGCAUCGGUCUCUUCAUCCUUAUGCUCACGCUCAUCUUCUGCUGCUACAUGUUCAGACUUAGGCGACAAGGUGCAAGAGAACAGUACGGUUACAACGAGGUUGUUUUGAAAGGAGCGGGGAAGAAGCUGAGCCUAAUUGGCCAAACGUGUGCGGUGUGCUUAGACGAGUUUCGCAGCAGGGACGAGCUCGGAGUGUGCCCGUGCUCCCAUGCUUUUCACAAGAAGUGUCUGCUGAAAUGGUUGGAGAUCCGCAGUGUCUGCCCCAUGUGCAACAAGCCCAUUUGCCGCUUCCAGCCUAACCCGCCUCCAGCACCUGAGCGGCCCCAGAGUCUGCUGGAGGUCUGAGAUGGAAAACGGCAUUACCUUACACUCUACAGUCAGUGGACACCUCACUAUAGACCCUGUCUCACCACCCAACAGUUUGUAGUUUUAGUAAUGUAGACAUUCUUUCAGGUAGGGCUACGCUAGAAGAAGAAAUUGUAUGAUUGUCUGAGUUAAACCUUAAGUGCAGAGCCAAAGAGCCUAUUCUGGGUAAAUUAAAUGGGGGCUUGGUAUAUUAAGGCUAACUAUCAAGCCGAGAUACUGCUAUUUUCAGCACAUAGCCGGAUGCUAAAUCUAAGUGCCUUAGAGCUGCAGAUAGAUGAUAGACUACACUCCUCAGCAUUGGCACACAACAAUGAGGAUUCCUGCGUAUGAAAUCCCAAUUCACUGCUCAUUAUAGAUCGGUUAUGUAGGAACUGAUGACUGAAGAAUUGUGGUCAACAGCCCUGAAGUGUCUGGCUUAAAGCUUGGAUAGGUAUCAUUGGAGGAACGAGCACAAGUAAGCUAAAUUUAAAAAAAAAUGAUCCAACUGAAAAGCCCAGCCCAGUGUUGCCAACUCCUCUCCGACAACAGUAGCUGAUAGCGCUAGCCCUUAAAGUCGAUAAAUCUAGCAAAAAAGUCAGGCCUUCCACCAAAGCCACUCCCCCAAAAUGAUCACAAUGAGCUUAAACAACGAACAUGGUCGUUGUUGGCACUCGCAGCUUGUAGAGCCAAGCCCCAGGAAGACUGCCCGGCUUUGAAGCAACUUUUUACAUAAUGGCCAAACAGUGGAAUUACAACUUCCGGGUCCGUCACGUGAUGCCCUGGGGCCCAAAAAUACUUUUACCCUAUUGACUUACAUUGGGAAAAGGGUGUUUGCGAAUCAGCAGAUAUUUUUCUCUAAAAUAAAUGUAUUUUAUUUGAAUAUCAUUAGGUCCUAAAACGUUGUGGAGACUAAGGCCUGGAAGACAGGGUUUAAGAAAAUGCUAGUGCCCUCUCUCUAUUGGUCCAUGGAUACGGAAGAACGGGGUGAUCUUAUCUGAAUUUUGUACUUGAAAGUCAAACUUGUUACUUCAUGCGCCACUGAGCAGAUAGGGGAUUAUAUGACUUUUUUGUCAGAGCAUUUGAUUUACUGAGAAUAGAACAAAAAACAGGUUUCUAAACUACUUUAACUGCCAAGCUAACAGUGAGACAUACAUACUAAACUUCUCAAUUCCACGGAUGUCACAAAUGCAAAUUCUACAUUUUUCCACAGCCUGUUUUGGCAGUAAGGGUGCUACUGUUUAAAAAAAUGUUUUAACGGGCUUCAGUUUAAUCAAUCCUGCAGAAAACUGUGGCUAUACCUUCACCCAAUGAAGUUUGAUUGGAUUAUUGAGGAGGAACUAAUAAAAAUUACAGCACAACAUGUGCAAUCAAGACAACAGAGUCAGCGUUUCACAACAACAUGGGGGCAUCAAAUUCCUGGUUUGAGUGGCAAGUGAAGAACAGAAGAGCUUCUGCGUGUCUGUAUCUUCGAAGUUGUGCUGGUAUGUGAAGUGUCACCGCUGUGUCACCGCUGUGUCACCGCUGUGUCACCGCUGUGUCACCGCUGUGUCACCGCUGUGUCACCGCUGUGUCACCGCUGUUACCCAACUAAAGAGAAUAUUUCUGCCCCCCAGAGCAGCUCCGUCUCUGAGAAAUGUUUUGGUGACAAAUUCCUACUCUGCCCGUUUUCACUUCCCCCCCUGCCCCCAAAAAAAUGAACGUCUUGGUGCGUCCGCCAUCACUUUUAAGAGCAUGGAGCUUGGAAAGAUGUAAGAUUGAAGCACCAGACAACAAAAAAAGCCACUCACUGCUGCUCCAAAGUCGAUGACAAAGACGAGGACUGUAAUGAAAGACGUGCGUGAAAAGAGGACUUUUAACAAAACGGGACAAUUGUGAACUUACAAUAAUCGGGGCUGAGUGUAUUUUGACUGUAAUCUUUUGUUGUCUCACAAACACGCAGCUCCAUCCCACAGUGUGUUGCCAAGCCGAGUGAAGGUAGCGAAGCCCUAAACGGCAAGACAGUCGCGUCAAAUGGUAUCUGAUAGAAACUACAACCAAGUAAAUGAACACACACAUUUGUAAUUAAUAUAUAUAACCAUGCAUACAUUUUUUUCUGAGGAACUGUUUUGUAUCAUAACUGGCUUUCAGUAAAAAGGCAUUGUGUGUCAGUCAUGCUAUAAUUUGUCAAAUAGCUGGAUGUUAUUGUUGCUGGUGGGACAGAUGAGCUCUGUACUGUAGUGAUAUAAAUAGACACGCUGCACUGAUAUGAAGAGCAUGUUUGAGCUGGUUUUCUGUCCGAGUGAGGUGCCCCAUACACCAUCAUUCUCUGUAUGUACCGUGUAAUAUACUAUUAUGAGUACUGUGUAAAUUGUAAAUGCUUUUCAAUUUUCUGAAGUUAGAAAAAAAAAAAUAUAUAUAUGUAACCGGUGUUUUGAUAUGGUCAUCUGGAUUCAAGUCUUUUUUUUUUUUCUAGUUUUGCUACAUGUCAACACUUAAUAAUGUUUAUUUGUAAGCUGUCGUUAUAAUAUAUACAUGGACAGGUCAUGCUAUUGUGCUGUUGGUGCCCUGCCUUUGUUUUAGGUGCUUUUGGUCGAUCUUACUUGCUGUGUGUGUGUAUGUGACAGAAGGAUUUCCACCGAUAUGGUGCCACCUUUUAAAUGAUCCUAAAGAUCGACCAUCCUAAAUGAUGUUUUACCAGAAUGGAUCCUUGGAGCCAUCUGUGACAAUAAAUUCUUCCUGAAUGAUA